AUGGCGGAAGCUCCCAUCGACCCACAGCUGGACCUGCUUGCUUGCAGCCAGGGCAAUCCGGCGGCAGGCGCAAUGCCAUAUUCCUACUCAGCGCCAUCUCUUGAGCCGUGGACUUCCUUGUUCGACUCCAUGGGGGACUUUUCGCAAGCUACACAAGAUCCUGGCUUGAUGGACUCGGAUCCUUAUAGCGAUACGGCUUCAUCCUUUUCCUUGGGCAACGAUCAGACUGCCCAGUUCAUCAUGUCUCCCACACAAGGAGCGUCAUCCCUUAACCCGGAUGAUUCGCCUAGCAACACCUCCAUCGCCUCAAACUCAGUGCUUGGAGCCAGCUCGAAAAGCGAAACCUCCACCAACACCAACACCGAUAUCAACACCGAUAUCAACACCGACAUCAACACCAACAUCGAUGCUAGCAACCCCAACACCAAGAGGAGCGCUCCAAAGCCCGCCAAGAGCACUAAGAGCAAAGGGGGUGCUCGGCGAACUCGCAGCAGCUCGGACAAGAAGGAACAGGUCAAGCAGCGGAACAGAGUAGCCGCAUCCAAGUGUCGACAGAAGAAGAAAGUCAACAUUGACAAGCUGAAGGAGAUGCAGUCGCAUCUGCAAGCACAGAACGACAGGCUCCGCGAGGAAUUCAAAAACCUCCGCGAGGAGGUUGGCCAGAUCAAGAACCAUCUAAUCAAUCACACCGAGUGCAACGAUGCCAACAUCAAUCGUUGGGUUGAGAACGAGGCCAAGGGCUUUGUGAAGAAGCUCGUGGCAAACGGGGAGCGGCAACGCAUGGAGAGCAUCAGCAGCAUAGAGGGAAAUCCCAUGGCCGCAAUGCAGAUGCAGCCGCUUGAGGGAGUCUCCAACAUGCCGCUUGACGAUCCCUACAUGGGGCUGGAAUAA